AUGGUAUAUCCCACAUUGUUGAGGGGACUUGAACACGCUCAACCGAUGGCAGUGGGCGACAGAGACCAGGGUUUUAGGGGUCUUUCAGAUGUGGUCAAGGUGUUUCAGUCCUUCUUAGGACGGCUCCACAAGUUUGCCCUGGAUGAAUAUGCACGACGAGAGCUGGAAAGAACGUCAAAGAGAAAGGGAUCUAGGUUCAGACCACAAGAGAGCCAGGAGGGAUUAGACCAAGCACAUUUAUCCACAAGCCAGGAGGAUCCCGCUGUGGCUAAAGAACUAGUUCGAGUGAUGGUGAGGAUGAUGACAGCCCUCGACACCACCAAGAGCGUUCAUUGCCAACUCCUCGAAGGAUGCCUGUGCGCUAUCCUUGACCACUGCGGCUCCACUUUGUCCCUUCUCGUGUUUGCGGAUUCGGACAAGCCAGACACGAAGCGCAAGGGAAUCCUCCAGGUUACUGGCUUUUCGGAGAAGCCAGAGCGCAACGCUCAAUCUGCGAUUGGGGCCGCCGCGGUCGAAGGGCCCUAUGUCAUCUUUGUUCUGCGCAAAGGAACAGAAUUUCUUCUUGCCAACACGAAAAGUAUGCCUGAGAAGUCGCUGCUCCACUUUACUUCGGUACCGUUUCGAGGGGAUGAUACCGGAGGCGAUGGCGACCUCCGUAGAAGGAUCGAAGAAACACUUCAGAACACCCUUCUGCGAGGAGUGUUCGGUGACGACGACGAGACCUUUUCCAACUCGCUCCAGCGCGAUGAGGAAGAAGAACAAGAAGCCGAUCUGAUGAAAAUGACGGAGACCACCAAGCAGAAGGCGGACUCCGCGGAGUGGUUCAUUGGUGAACUGUGGGAGCAUUUGGGCUGGAAUAUCCUAUCUGGAAGAAGGGGUAUUUGA